AUGAUCGGGGCCUUCUCGUUCCCGGUGAGCCCCGAGCGGGGCCGGCUGCGGGGCUGGCUGGAGGGUAGCCUGGCCGGCCUCUGCGAGUUGCACUGGCUCCGGGAGAGGCAGGAGUACCGCGUGCAGCAGGCGCUGCGGCUAGCCCAGCCCGGAAUGGGGGGCGCCGAGGCCGAGGACGAGGAGGACGCCGAGGAGGACGAAGAUGCGGCGGCGGCGCGCCGGGCCGCAGAGGCCCUGGAGGAGCAGCUGGAAGCCCUGCCUGGGCUCAUCUGGGACCUGGGCCAGCAGCUGGGAGACCUGAGCCUGGAGUCUGGGGGCCUGGAGCAAGAGAGCGGGCGCAGUUCGGGCUUCUAUGAAGACCCCAGCUCCACAGGAGCUCCAGACUCACCACCCUCGACCUUCUGUGGGGACAGUGGCUUCUCUGGAUCUGGCUCCUAUGGACGCCUAGGUCCCUCUGAACCCCGGGGCAUCUAUGCCAGUGAGCGGCCCAAGUCUCUAGGAGACGCCAGUCCCAGCGCUCGCGAGGCAGUGAGCGCUCGGGCCGCCGUGCCGCGGUCCUUCUCGGCGCCCUACCCGACGGCCGCGGGCUCUUCAGGGGCAGAGGCUUGCCUGUCGGCAGAGCGGCGGCCGCGCGCGGGGCCUUUCCUGACGCCCAGCCCCCUGCACGCCGUGGCGCUGCGCAGCCCACGCCCGUCGCCCACGCUCGCAGCCCAGGCCGCUGGGGCCUGCCGCCGUUGGCGCUCCACCGCUGAGAUCGACGCUGCCGAUGGGCGCCGCGGCCGUCUCCGAGCCCCCGCUGCCCGCGGCCCAGGUCCCGGCCCAUCCCCGUCAGCUCCUCAGCGCCGUCUGCUCUAUGGCUGUGCGGGCAGCGAUUCGGAGUGCUCGGCUGGACGCCUGGGGCCCCUUGGACGCCGGGGUCCCUCGGGCGGCGGCGGCUACGGGGAGAGCGAAUCCAGCGCCAGCGAGGGGGAGUCACCUGCCUUUAGCUCCGCAUCCAGCGACUCAGACGGCAGCGGGGGCCUCGUGUGGCCGCAGCAGCUGGUGGCGGCCACCGCAGCCUCCGGGCCAGGGGGUGGUGCAGGUGGAGGGGCGCCUGCAGGCCCCGCCAAGGUCUUUGUAAAGAUCAAGGCCUCCCACGCGCUCAAGAAAAAGAUCCUGCGUUUCCGUUCAGGUUCUCUCAAGGUCAUGACUACAGUGUGA